AUGCCUUUUCAGUUUGGGACCCAACCAAGGAGGUUUCCAGUGGAAGGGGGAGAUUCUCCAGUCGGGCUGGAGCCUGGGCUGAGCUCCAGUGCUGCCUGUAAUGAGAAAGAGAUGUCACCAGCCAGGCAACUCGGAAGAUGCCCUGGAAGUCAUGGCCCGACAAUAACUGAUGUUCCCAUCACUGUCUGUGCAACAAUGCGAAAGCCACCAGCACAAAGCAGCAAGGAAAUGCAGUCUAAAUAG